CGAAGCAACAGUUGGACGGAAUCAACAGGCGGGAACGCGCGGUAAUUUAAUUCCUGUCCCGUAUGAAGUGGAAAAAUAAAUAAAUUUAAUGUGUGCAAUGAACUACCAAAGUAAAGUUAAUAAAUAUGUGUGCCCUAAUGACAGACAGCUAUCCUUGCGAGCAAAGCUUCGCACGGGAUGGUGCACGGCGCGCGGCGAGCCUUUGUCUGCAGCGGAGCGCGAGGCAGUCGCCGCUGUGGUGCGCCGCGCCGAGCAGUUGGAUGAACUGGAGGCGCGCCGCGUAGGCCGCUUGGUAGCCAGGCUUGAAGGGAUGCGUCGAUCAGCUCAGGGCCCAGCUCCCCGCGCUUGCCUCCUCUGCGGCGAGACAUCUCGGCUGCUUGCACCGCUCAGGACCUGUUCCAUCUGUCGUAACUCCGCCUGUCCCAAAUGUGUUAUAGAUACGCCCCCACACAGAUCCCCGAUAUAUUCUCGUGAGCAAUACAUGUGCAACUUAUGCGCGGAGACCAGAGAAAUGUGGAAGAAGUCAGGCGCCUGGUUCUACAAGUCAUUGCCCAAGUAUAUCCUGCCAGAACGGAAAGUCACCGGCCGGUACCACGAUACCGAACUGGCGAGGUCUUUGCAAGUUAGACAGGAGGCAGGAACUAGUAGUAACGAGUGCAAGACAGAUUCUGAACCCGGUUCACCUCUCAGUAUACACGCCCCAUCAUUUUCAAGACAACCAAGUAAUACAGACAGUCGAAAAUCAAUAUCCUCUCAAGAUACACACCACGAAUGGUGUGAAACGGAUAUCCUAACUCAUGGAGUCAGUGGUCUCAGUUUACAUAGAACUGAAAGCAUGAACCAACGCUCAAUAGCUGGCCUUAAACGCACCGGUAGUAAGGGAAGCGCCUACAGCCUUCGCAGUAUAAGAAAAGAGGUCCCAAAAACACAACCAGAGAAACCCACGAUACCUGACUCUGGUUUUGGCACUUUAGAGAUUAAACUAGCUUACGAUAACGCCACCUCAUCACUUGCUGCGACAGUCUUAAGAGCGAGAGGUCUCAUCGGAAUGGAUAUGACAGGAUUAUCUGAUCCAUUCUGUAGAUUGGAAAUUUUACCAAGAGAAGGCACAUAUUCGAACAGACUCCGGACAAAGACCGUGCACAAGACAAAGAAUCCAGAAUUCAAUGAAACCGUACACUUUUUCGGUAUCACUGAAUCUGAUCUGGCUGCGAAGUCACUGGAAAUUGUUAUAUUUGAUGAUGAUAGGUAUGGUUGCGAUGAAAUGGGAUCCGCUAUAGUUUCCCUAAGGGACUGUGUUAAGGGACCUACCCAACUCCGGCUAGCGUUAUCCGGAGCAAGUGGUACUGAACCCACGGGACCCAGAGUGCUCUUAGCACUUUGUUACAACACAAAGAAACGAGCUCUCGUCGUCACCAUUUGUAGAGCAGCUGAACUGCCGCCACAAGACAGCAAUGGAUACUCGGAUCCUUUCGUCAAAUUACAUCUCGAUCCUGAUCCGUACCACAAAAAGCACAAGACUUCAAUAAAAUGGCGUAACUUAAAUCCAGUUUGGAAUGAGGAGUUUCUGUUCGAGACGCGACCUACGGAACUUUCGCGCCAAAAUUUGACAUUGACAUUUUGGGACAAAGAUUACGGCAAACCGAAUGACUUUCUGGGGAGUCUCGUGUUAGGUGCCAGUAGUAAAGGGCGGCGAUUGAAGCACUGGAUGGAUUGUAUCAAAUUCCCUGACCAUAGACACGAGCAAUGGCACGCUUUGACUGAUACACAACAUUUAUAAACGAAACCAUAGACAAUAUGAUAGACAAAUUAUAUUUUUAAAAUUAUCGGAUAUUAUACAAAAA